AUGAGAGCACCAAAUUAUGUUGUGGUAAAUUACGUAUUUCGUGAUACCGAACAUUCCAUAUCACUUGAAAUCGAUGACAAUUUAUUAGUCAUUGAAAUUGAAGAAAAAGCCACACUAGAUCAAUGGCAUGGAGAAUUCGAUGUCGAAUAUGUUGAAGAGCUUACCCGUAAAACUGGAAAUUUUAAACAGUUUCCUAUUUUUGUAAAUAUGUUAAAAAGUGCCCUACUAAAGUCGUCUGAUUCCGUUUCUUUGGAUUUACUAACUUAUACCGAUUUGGAACUGCUACGCAAUCGUAAACUUGGUAUAAACACCGCAAAUACAUCUCACCCUCCUUCAACCAGUUUAGCUAAUAAAAGAUAUAUUAUCUUAACAUAUACAGUCGAAUUUGAUAGAAUUCAUUAUCCAUUGCCCCUACGUUAUCAAGGUAAACCCGAUCCUGCAUUACUGCAAGAAACAAUUAGAAAUUUAAGAGAAGAAAAUAGACAAUUACAAGCUAAGACAAAUCGCUCUAGCUCUUAUAGAAAUAGCGACGUAAUCAAGAUGCAAAAACAGAUAGAUAAAUUAAAACAAGAGAAAGAGGAAAUCGAAGAAGCUUUCAUUGAAUACAGGCGAGAAAUAGAGAGUACUUCGAAGGCUGAUAUUACGAAAGAAAUCAAGGUACUUAAAAAAAUAAUUAAAAAUCUUGAACAAGAAUUACUGAAGGAAAAAUCAAGGCAUCACCAUGUUUCUAAUAAAAGGAGCAAAGAGUAUCGUAGCUUAAUGGAAGAGAUAGAAGCACUGCGAUCAAGUGAGCGAAAUCUGCGAGUUCGAUGUAAAAGUCUGAGUAAUGAAUUGGCAUUGCUAAAAAAUGACAGACGACGAUCGAUACCGUCUAAAUCUCGCUCACGUACCCACUCUCGCGACAAUUCCGUACCUAGAAAUACAUCUAGAUCAAGAGCUUCUGUAUCCGUAGAAAGGCAUACCCCUAAGAUAUCGAAUGUAUCUCGAAGAAAAAAUUGGUCUCCCUCUCCAUCAGGUAAACCACAAUCUAUCACUAAGUUGCUAACGUCAUUUUGUGAGAUGGAGCUAGAUACCCAAGAUUUGAUCCGACUGCGUAUCCCUUUUAGCCGUUACGAUAGUUAUCAACAUGAUAUUUAUGCUAGCUUAUGGUCCUGUGUAGCUAUUUCCAAUAGUCGAAGAGUAAGCCAAAAACAAGGAGAAUAUCGGCCGCCGAGAUCUAGGUCAAAUUCAUAUGAGCGACCACAUCGUUCAUCAUCAUUACCACGACAACAAUCUGGUGUUAGAUCGAGAAAUUCUUCAGUGGCUAGUAGUAGUAGCCGAGCAUCUCGAGGAUCCGUAGGAACGAAUUCUGAUCAUUCUUUUCGUGGCUUGCGUAAUAAAUCAGUUGAAAGACAUAAAAACCGAUCAAGCACACCCCAAAGAAGCAAAGCUGACUAUUCAAGGAAAGUAAAUAAGAAAAAUAAAGAUUCCAUGUCUAGAAGAGUUACGGAAAGCAACAACAUCGAAAAGUCUGCCAAUAUGUCAGAUAUAGAUGCACGAUUAGCUGCUCUUCAGAGCUUUUUAUACACGCGCCAGUCGAAUUCAUCAAGAUGA